AUGGCACCAUCAGCUACUAUCACCGAGACUGAGGCUCCGUCUCUGCCGCUGUCUCUGAAGGCACGGGUUUUCAGCCCGUACAAGGAGAUGGCUCCUGUCAAGUACGACAGAGACGUCGAGGAAGGCAAAACGGCAGCGAAGCCGGCCAAGUACCCUAACUACCUGCCGACAUGGAACCCAAACCAGAAGUACCCACCUCUGCAACCAUUUGAGCACUGUGAGCACGGCAAGGACGCCGACACCUCGUACCCCGAACUCCUCGCGGAGGGCGUCGCCGUCAACCAUCUCACGCCGACCAUCGGCACGGAGAUCCAAGGCGUCCAGCUAAGCACCCUUAGCAACGCCGGCAAGGACCAGCUCGCCCGCUACGUAGCGGAGAGGAAGGUAGUCGCGUUCCGGGACCAGGACUUCGCCGACCUUCCCAUCGACAAAGCCCUAGAAUUCGGCGGCUAUUUCGGCCGUCAUCACAUCCACCCCACGUCGGGCUCUCCCGAAGGCCACCCGGAGAUCCACCUCGUCCACCGCGGCGAAGGCGACAAGACCCACGAGACCUUCUUCGAGAACAGGACGAGCUCGGUGGCCUGGCACUCGGACGUUUCGUACGAGCAGCAGCCGCCCGGAACCACGUUCCUUUACAUCCUCGACAAGCCCGAGACCGGCGGCGACACAUUGUUCGUAGACGCCGUCGAGGCGUACAACCGCCUAAGCCCGCUCUUCCGGGAGCGCUUACACGGCCUAUACGCCACGCACUCCGGCAUUGAGCAAGUCAACGCCUCGGUCGCCAAAGGCAGCAUCAAGCGCCGUGAGCCGGUCGUCAGCGUCCACCCCAUCGUCCGUACGCACCCCGCCACGGGCGAGAAAGCACUAUACGUAAACCCCCAAUUCACCCGCGACAUCGUCGGCCUCAAGAAGGAGGAAUCCGACACGAUCCUGAAAUUCCUGUAUGACCACCUCGCCUACGGCGCCGACUUCCAGGCGCGCGUCAAGUGGGCCGAGGGCACCGUCGUCGUGUGGGACAACCGCGUGACGCAGCACUCGGCGCUGCUCGACUGGAAGAGCGGCCAGCGCCGGCACCUCGCCCGCAUAACCCCGCAGGCCGAGCGCCCGUACCAGACACCUUACAAGCCUUCUCCUUAA